AUCACGGAUAGCUCGGUCGACGGCCCCUUGGGUCAGGUCUCUCUCACCACCCCUCAUGAAGUACAUCGCCAGCCACCAACCUCACACUCUUGUCGUUCUCCUGUUCGGGUUACAAUUGGUCAAAGUCGACAUCCCUCGCUCAUGUUACGUCCGACGACUUGUCGAGAGAAUUCUCGAUUCUGGCGACUUCGAUAUCUCACCUAAGGUCCAGGAAAUUGCACGACAGUACAAAGCACGAAAUUUUCGCUGCUUUACGCCGGAGAAACCUUUCUCCAUCUGUGACAUGAACGACAUUCCCAAGCCAGAGGACCUGCCGGCGGACCUGAUCGCAAUUUGGCCUCCAGAGCUGGGGAAAACCUCUGUCUGUGCCGAUGAGUAUUUACCUUCAGAUGGAUCAUGCCUCAACCUCAUUGUCGAGGAGCCCUUGCCUAUUGAACAAAUACCCGCAGGAGAAAAAGGAGAUGAACCUGCACGAUUUCGGUCUCGCGAAGUUGUCCUCUACUUGAAUCAAUAUCAAGCUGAGGUUUUUCCCUCAACGGAACACAGGGUUGUGGCUCGGGGAUACAUGGGCGACAAAUCCAAUGUCAUUUGGUGCAAACUUGUCGACGAAGACGAACGGAACACGUUUGAAUCUCUUCAAUCUCUUGGUUGUGAAAGUCAUCACAUCGUCACCCCUCUUCUCCCUCCCUAUCCGCUUCCUACUGGCCAAUACUUGGUCACGAUGCCAAAUUAUGGUUCUGACCUGAGCAAAGCAGAGGGAUCGCAAUUUUGCGGUCAUACCAUUCACCGAAUCACUCGCCAGCUUUGUGUGGCCAUUCGAUUUCUCCAUACUCAUGGGUAUUAUCACCUUGACAUCAAACACCAGAAUAUAGCCAUCAGUCGCGACUCUCCUGAUAUCACCGUUCUUGACCUUGGGUGUGUCGUGAACGGGGGGCGAAGUUGCGUUCUUUUUGGUGUCACUGGCACAUGCAGGUGUGUGGCACCAGAGGUUCAGGUAUGGCACGAUCAUGACCCAGAUGAUUGCGUUGAAGUCGACGAAGCCAACGAACCACCACCCUAUGACCCUCGGAAAGCGGACAUUUGGGCGAUAGGGAAUGUUGUCUGCUAUCUGCUGGAGAAGGAAGGGGCUAAACCGGACUACCAGACUGAGCUUCAGGAAUUUGGAGAAUGGCUGAUGAGUGAUAGUCCGGACAAGCGACCGACGUUGGAUCGGGCCAUAGAACGUCUCGAUAAGAUGGGUGGUGCUCCACUAGUUACUCAAAUUGUCGAGAAUGCUUCAGCCUCGUAUUACACUGACCGCCUUCUCAUUUCACCCUUGAUCUCUGCAUGCUGAUGCGUUGGCCGGCGAUUUUUGGCUCAUCCUUUUUGUAGACAUAAUAUUACUUUAUUUUCGCAAAUCGUGCACCUUGGCCACACGUAUGCCAAGUUUACCAAAAAUUCUGCUCUGCA